GCGGAUAUAGUGAAUGCAGGGUCCGGGGAGAGAGGAUAUAGUGAAUGCGGGGUCUGGGGAGACCGGAUAUAGUGAAUGCAGGGGUCCGGGGAGAGCGGAUAUAGUGAAUGCAGGGUCCGGGGAGAGCGGAUAUAGUGAAUGCAGGGUCCGGGGAGAGUGGAUAUAGUGAAUGCAGGGUCCGGGGAGAACAGAUAUAGUGAAUGCAGGGAUCCGGGGAGAGCAGAUAUAGUGAAUGCAGGGUCCGGGGAGAGCGAAUAUAGUGAAUGCAGGGUCCGGGGAGAGCGGAUAUAGUGAAUGCAGGGUCCGGGGAGAGUGGAUAUAGUGAAUGCAGGGUCCGGGGAGA